GAAAAGAUACAGCCUCAACACAUAACAAACUCUCUAUCCAUGCCCAAUAUCAGCAUCAUCGCAAUAGGACAUAGCUUCAACAUCACCUGCAUCUCCGAACGUGGACCUCAGGUCAUCCACUAUGAGCUCAUCCAGGGGGACAGAAUCGUGAAAAAUAUGACGGUCCACGGCAAGGAAGCGGCCACGUUCCAGUUUGAUUAUACUCCGGGACCAAGCAAGAUCUAUUGCAAAGCAAGGACUCCAUCUGGAGAGGAGGAGAUGAGUCAAGCUCUGAUAAUUUUAGGAGAAUCCCCAGACAGUGAGGACAAAGCUUGGGAAAGAGAAAAGAUUGAUAAGGAAGAACGGGACGCCGCACCCAAAUUUCUGAUUUCAUUAACGCACAUCCUGACGUCUGUGUCCCAACCAGUGCAGGACCUGAAUGCCAUCAUCAUCAGCGUCUGUGGCCCCAUUAUCCUCAUUCUGCUUCUACUCGUCUUCUUAACACAUUUCUGUAACCGCCGAGGACGUAAGGUGGGAUCGAGCGUUCUGUCCUCCUGUGUG